UUCGUCGUAUUCGUCACCAAAUCCAGCUCGAUCGCUGCUCACCUCGCACGCAUCCUUUUCUUCUCAUCCAUGGCAACCUCCUCAACCCAGCAUUAAUUCCAGCACAAAUCCUCUCAUGGAUAUGUGCUAACCAACCUUGCACAAACAAGGCAGAUCGAGCUAGCUCAUCCCUGCAGCUUAGCUUAGCUAGCUAACCUUUACCUUGCCAUGGAUUGAUCGAUCAUUAAUUCUUCUUCUUCUUGCUCGAUCGUCGCCAUGAGAGCCAGCUCCUUCUCCUCCUUGAUGCUGCCUUGCUCGCAUGGCCAUGGCGGCGGCAGGGCCACCGCCUCGACGUGCGCCGCGGCGGCGGCGGCGUGCCUUGCGCUUGUGGCCUUGGUGAUCUUGGUGGUUUCAAUGGAUCCGAGGGCACAAGCUUCUUCUUGGUUCUUCCUUUCUUCUUCUUCUUCGUCUUCGUCUUCGUCUUCGUCUACCUUGGUUCGUCCUGCAGCUAGCUCUCACGCUGCCUCCUUGCGUAAGCCGAGUUCUUGGGGCGGCGGCAAUGGCGGCGGCGGCGGCGGCGAGCACCUCCUGGUCACCUCUAGUAGCUUUGGUAGUGGUGGUGGCGCUCGUGGAAGCUGGAGCCGGAACAGCACGAGCAAGGAGGUGCUGUUUCAGGGAGGAGGCGGCGGCGGCGGUGAUGAGAUGACGUCGACGGCGGCGGCGCCAACGCCGGCGUUGAUCAUCGGUUCUAGCUCCGGCGAUGGCGUGUCGCCGUCUCGCGUGGCCGUCACGGCGGCGGCAGCUGAACCUACACCGGCACUGGCUCCGGCUCCUGCUCCGGAAUGGGGUGUUGGUGAUGCUGCUAGUGGAGAUGAUAUUAUUCAAGUAAUGCCGCAAGCGCAAAGGCGAAGGGAUGUGAAAUUGGAGCUAUUAGAACUCGGUCUUGCUAAAGCUCGGGCGACGAUAAGGGAAGCCAUCCAAAACAAGGAUAACAAGCCCCCAUUGACAGACAAAGAUUAUGUGCCAGUUGGGCCAGUGUACAGAAAUGCCUAUGCAUUUCACAGGAGCUACUUGGAAAUGGAGAAGGUUUUCAAGGUCUUCGUCUACGAAGAAGGCGAGCCACCGGUGUUCCACGAUGGGCCGUGUCGCAGCAUAUACUCGACGGAAGGCAGGUUCAUAUAUGCCAUGGAGAUGGAGAACCGGAUGCGCACGAGAGACCCGGACCAGGCCCAUGUCUUCUUCCUUCCAUUCAGCGUCGUCAAGAUGGUGAAGAUGAUCUACGAGCCGAACUCGCACGACAUGGAUCCGUUGCGGCGGACCAUCUCGGACUACAUCAACGUGGUGUCGACCAAGUAUCCACACUGGAACCGGAGCCUUGGGGCUGACCACUUCAUGCUCUCAUGCCAUGAUUGGGGGCCGUAUGUCUCCUCGGCGAACGGUCAUCUCUUUUCCAACUCCAUCAGGGUGCUCUGCAAUGCCAACACAUCGGAGGGGUUCGACCCGUCAAGAGACGUGUCCCUGCCGGAGAUCAACCUGCGGAGCGAUGUCGUGGACCGCCAGGUGGGCGGGCCAUCGGCAUCGCACCGUCCCAUCCUGGCCUUCUUUGCUGGUGGUGACCAUGGCCCCGUCCGCCCCCUGCUAUUACAACACUGGGGGAAAGGGCAGGACGCCGACAUACAGGUUAGUGAGUACCUGCCUCGCCGCCACGGCAUGUCGUACACCGACAUGAUGCGGCGGAGCAGGUUCUGCCUGUGCCCAAGCGGGUACGAGGUGGCAAGCCCCCGGGUGGUGGAGGCCAUCUACCUGGAGUGUGUCCCCGUGGUGAUCGGCGACGACUACACGCUACCGUUCGCUGACGUGCUCAACUGGGCGGCGUUCUCGGUGCGCGUGGCGGUGGGCGACAUCCCGCGGCUGAAGGAGAUCCUCGCCGCCGUGUCGCCGCGGCAGUACAUACGGAUGCAGCGGCGGGUACGCGCCGUGCGCCGCCACUUCAUGGUGAGCGACGGCGCGCCGCGGCGGUUCGACGUGUUCCACAUGAUCCUCCACUCCAUCUGGCUCAGGAGGCUCAACGUCAGGGUCAUUGCACGGGAGGACUGAACCAAAUAUUCUGUGAUCGGUCGGUUGCUUGCUUCUAGUUUCUCUCAACUUGUGUGAGAGCUCGUUCGAAUGUUUGAUGUGUGUAUAUUUUGGUUAAACUCUGAAAUUGCAUUUUUGUAAAGAGGAUGUUCAUGGAGCGACGUUGUGCAGUUUGUGCACCGUGUACAAAUGUUUUAAAGAAAGUGCCACUGUGCCAGGAAUUAUCUAUGCUGGUGAAUUCGGGCAGUAA